UUGCUAAGGCUAGCCGGAGGCGCUAGGCCUCUGUUGCCAUGGAGACGGCGGCGGCGCGCGCGUGAAUCGAUAGGAGGAAGACUCUCGGCAGGAUGUUUGUCUACCUAAGCAAGAAGAUUACAAUUCCUGGCAAUGUUCGGCUAAGAUCUAUUUCUUGGAGCAAGGACCAGGGCUAUAUAGCAUGUGGGGGAGAAGAUGGUCUGCUGAAAGUUUUAAAAUUGGAGACAAAAACAGAUGAAUCCAAAGCAAAGGGGCUUGCAGCACCUAGCAAUCUCUCAAUGAAUCAAACCCUGGAAGGUCACACUGGUGCUGUGCAAGUAGUGACUUGGAAUGAACAGUAUCAGAAAUUAACUAGCAGUGAUGAGCAUGGACUUAUUAUUGUGUGGAUGCUGUAUAAAGGUUCUUGGUAUGAGGAAAUGAUCAACAACAGAAAUAAAUCUGUUGUUCGAAGCAUGCGAUGGAAUGCUGAUGGACAAAAAAUUUGCAUUAUCUAUGAAGACGGUGCUGUAAUUGUUGGUUCUGUGGAUGGGAAUCGUAUUUGGGGAAAGGAUUUGAAAGUACAACUCCAUCAUGUUGCAUGGUCUCCAGAUGGCAGGACUCUGCUCUUUGGAAUGGCAAAUGGUGAAAUACACAUUUAUGACAAGAAUGGGACUUUUAUGAUGAAAAUGAAAAUGAACUGUUUGGUGAAUGUAACUGGAGCAUUCAGUAUUGCUGGAAUCCACUGGUACCCUGGAACGGAGGGCUACAUUGAACCAGAUUGUCCUUGCCUUGCUAUUUGUUUUGACAAUGGAAGAUGCCAAAUAAUGAGACAUGAGAAUGAUCAAAAUCCUGUCUUAAUUGACGCUGCUCUGAAUGUUGUGACUCUCCAGUGGAACCACUGUGGAAAUGUCCUGGCUAUUGCAGGCUUCCAGAAAAUAGCUGGACAAGAUAAAGAUAUAAACGUGGUACAGUUCUACUCUCCAUUUGGUGAGCAUUUGCGUACCCUGAAGGUUCCAGGCAAACAAGUUUCAGCUCUGUCUUGGGAAGGAGGAGGCUUAAAAAUAUCACUAGCCGUUGACCAAUGUAUUUAUUUUGCAAAUAUCCGACCAGACUAUAAGUGGGGUUACUGCACUAAUACAGUGGUUUAUGCAUAUACCCGACCUGACCGUCCAGAGUACUGUGUGGUCUUCUGGGACAUAAAAAACAAUGAAAAGUAUCUGAAAUAUGUCAAGAGUCUGAUUUCCAUUACAACCUGUGGAGACUUCUGCAUUUUGGCAACCAAAGCCGAUGAAAAUCAACUUCAGGAGGAGCACGAAACUGACUCUCUUGGUGCAAUGUAUGUACUUGUUCUCUGCAAUUCCAUUGGUACUCCUCUGGAUCCAAAAUAUAUUGACAUUGCACCACUGUUCGUUAUCAUGACCAAAACCCAGGUGAUAGCAGCUUCAAAAGAAGCAUUUUAUAUCUGGCAGUAUCGUGUGGACAAGAAGCUCACUGCGAUGGAAAUUAAUCAGGUCUCACGAACUAGAAAAGAGGGCAAAGAGAGGAUUUAUCAUGUAGAUGAUACCCCUUCUGGAGCAGGGGAUGGAGUACUUGAUUAUGCGAAAGCUUUACAAGGAACGAGGGAUCCGAUUUGUGCAAUAACAGCAUCUGAUAAGACACUUAUUAUUGGACGAGAAUCUGGCACCAUUCAGAGCUAUAGGCUCCCCAACGUUGGUUUGAUUCGGAAGUAUCUCCUCAACUGUCGGCCUUAUCAAAUGUCUCUGAAUUGCACCUCCAGCCGUCUUGCUAUCAUAGACAUGUUAGGAAUGCUGAUUUUCUUUGACUUGGACACCCGAAUAACAGACAGUUCAGGAAGCCAAGCAGUAGGUGAACAACUCAAACUGGAACGCAAAGAUGUUUGGGAUAUGAAAUGGGCCAGAGAUAAUCCAGAGCUUUUUGCCAUGAUGGAGAAAACAAGAAUGUAUGUGUUCAGAAACUUGGAUCCUGAGGAACCCCUUCAAACGUCCGGAUACAUUUGCAACUUUGAAGAUUUAGAAAUUAAAUCUGUUUUACUGGAUGAAAUAUUAAAGAAUCCUGAACAUCCUAAUAAGGAUUGCAUUCUUAAUUUUGAGAUUAGAUCACUACGAGAUGCACAAGCGAUUGUAAAUAAUGCAGGCAUUGCAGAGUCUGCCCAGUUCAUUGAAGAAAAUUCGCAUCCAAGGCUUUGGCGACUGUUGGCUGAAACAGCUCUCCAGAGAUUGGAUCUUGACACUGCUGAGCAAGCAUUUGUGCGCUACAAAAAUUACCAAGGUAUCAAGUUUGUCAAGCGUCUUCUCAACCUCCAGAGUGAAUUACUGAGGCAAGCCGAAGUGGCAGUUUACUUCGGCAAAUUUGAAGAAGCUGAAAGGAUGUAUUUGGACAUGGACAGAAGAGACCUUGCCGUUGAUUUGCGAAUGAAACUAGGGAACGGAUUUCGAGUGGUGCAGCUUUUGCAAACGGGCUCGGGACACGGAGAUGACAGUCUCCUUGAAAUGGCACACAAUGAAAUUGGGGACUACUUUGCUGAUAGACAGAAAUGGACCAAUGCCGUGCCAUAUUAUGUACAAGGCAGAAACCAUGAACGUUUGGCUGAAUGUUACUAUAUGCUGGAAGACUAUCAAGCGCUAGAGGAUUUAGCUAACUCACUUCCAGAAAACAACAAAUUGCUUCCUGACAUAGCCCACAAGUUCGUUACUGUGGGUAUGUGUGAACAAGCUGUAGCAGCCUUUCUCAAGUGUAACAGACCCAAGGAUGCAGUAGAUAUCUGUGUAAAUCUCAACCAGUGGAGUAAAGCUGUUGAACUGGCUAAGCAACACAAUAUGAAAGAGAUUGGCUCUCUGCUAGCUAGAUAUGCAUCUCAAUUAUUAGAAAAGAACAAGCCCCUUGAUGCUGUUGAGUUGUAUCGUAAAGCCAACUAUUUCUUUGACGCUGCUAAGCUCAUGUUCAAGAUUGCAGAUGAAGAGGCUAAAAAGAGGACCAAGCCUUUGCGUGUUAAAAAGCUCUAUGUGAUGUCAGCUUUACUCGUAGAACAAUAUCACGAACAAAUGAAAAACGCGCAGAGAGGGAAAGUCAAGGGGAAAGUUUCAGAGGCUACUUCAGCAUUAGCUGGUUUGCUCGAGGAAGAUGUUCUCUCUUCAGACAGUCGCCUGAUCGAUAACGCUUGGCGAGGAGCUGAGGCUUACCAUUUUUUUAUACUUGCCCAAAGGCAGCUUUAUGAGGGUUAUGUAGAUACAGCAAUGAAGACUGCCCUUCACUUGAGGGAUUAUGAAGACAUCAUUCCUGCAGUAGAGAUCUAUUCCCUGUUGGCUCUUUGCGCAUGUGCCAAUAGAGCCUUUUCUAUCUGUUCAAAAGCUUUUGUUAAACUGGAAUCUUUGGAAAACUCUCUCCCAGACCAGAAGCAUCAGUAUGAAGAGCUUGCCCUGCAGAUAUUCACAAAACACUUUCCUAAAGAUAACAAGAAGUCAGAGUUGGAGGGUCUUCUUGAAGAGGGAGAAGGGAAGCUCCCAACCUGUGUUGCUACAGGAAGGGCCAUCACAGAGUAUCAGUUUUGGAUGUGCAAUAUUUGCAAGCACUGUGUACAAGCCCAAGAAAUCAGCAAUUACAACUUCUGCCCUCUCUGCCACAGCUCAGUGGCCUAUUAAUCAUAGGGAAAUGUCUGCACUGUUAUCGGUAUGCACAAGUGCAAAUGUAUGCAGUAUGAAAUGCUUAGAAACCCUGUUGAGGUUGUUAUGGUGGGAAUAAACAGAGAAACAAAAGCUAUCUAAUAUUUCGCCCAUCCUCUGCAGAGUUGAACUAUUCCAAAUCCUUUCUUUAAAAUAGCCUCAGCCUGGGAAAACAGUGGAUUUUAUUGUUGUUGUUGUUAUUAUUAUUAUUAUUAUUAUUUUAGUGUAGCUGAAUAGCUUCCAAAAAGAUUUGUAGGGGGUCGGUGGAGGUGAAGUCUUAAAGGAAAGGAUUUUGUGAUGGGGAACCAAUGUAAAAAAUAGCAUUGAUUUUAUGACAAUGACAAUAACAACAAAAAUCUAGCAUGACUUUCGCACUUUGGUAAAAAUGUCCUAAUCCAAUUACAUUUCACAUAAAAUUAUUGCACAGAUGUCCCUUUCUAAGCACAAUACUGAAAAGAUUACUGAGAUUUAAACAUGGGUAUCAUGUUUAUCCAAAGGAGCAUGCAUGGAUCAAUUAUUGCUGUGACCCACACCAUGAACUUACGGAAGUUUGUUAUCUAAACCAGGCAUCGGCAAACUCCGGCCCUCCAGAUGUUUGAGACUACAAUUCCCAUCAUCCAUGACCACUGGUCCUGUUAGUCCCAAAACAUCUGGAGGGCCGGAGUUUGCCUAUGACUGAUCUAAACAGUUAAAAAGCAAUUGGUAGGCUGUGUCCAUCUAAAAAAACUUCAGUGAUCCAGUCUGUGCCAAGAGACAACAUAUGCUACUGCAGCCUUGGCACAGCUUAGUCAAAUCAUAUGCUCUAUCAGCACCUUAAAACUCAGUCGGAUAUGCCAGGACCACAAUUGCUGGAGGAGGGACCUUAGUUCUGUGCAAAAGCUCAGGUUCUGCGUGCAACCCUUUGCCAUUUCAAAUAGCAUGUGAUCUCCCAUGCACCCAGGCAGGCUUGCAGGAGCCAAUCAGAGAAUGCUGCAUAGACCCUUCUCCCUGCCAGCCUGUGGCGACCAUCCCACCCCUUUCACCUGAUAGGUUAUCAUUCAGCGGACUUCAUUGUCUGUUCCUUCCCCACAAACUGACGGCCCCAUCCACCACUGCACCCAAUCCACAUGUGCAUGAAAUUGCACCUCCUCCUCUGCAGAGUUACAUGGGCCAUACCUCAAGUUUCAGCGCUGCUUGCAAUUAAUCCUGCAGUUCUCCGGCAAGUGUAUCUUUGAGUAUAGGAAUGCAAUCUCAAUUCCUCCUGGACCAAUUCCUUCUGCAGCACCAGCGGCAGCAGUUGCAAAGAGCUAUGGGAAAUACAGAAGUGGCAAAAAAUGUACCGAGAAGAAACCACGUGCGUCAACCGACUUUAUCACUUUAGAGGUCAAUAAAAAACAUAUUUACCUGGACAUUUAAUUAUAUAUAUGCAGGUGUAGCAGUUCUUUUUAGCGUUCUGCUUCUGUAUGGGAAAACGUGUAUUAUUUUGUAACAGUGAACCACUUUGUGGACUAAAAUGGUUAUGGAUAACGCCAAUAUGGUUAUUUGUUUCUUAAGGAAAUAAAUUAUUGUAUUUCUUUAAUA